CGAGACCACAGUGAGAACAGGAAGAACUCUACCGACCGACCGCGCGUGUGUUUGUUUUUGUUCUGGGUGAUGUAGCACCCGCGUUCAAAUUUGUAUCAUAUAUUUAUUCGACCAGUUAUAAUUUAGUUGCGUUCAUGGUUUUAAGCGGACAGGGUUUGUGUAUGUAUGCCAGAUAUUUGUUUAGGAAGAUAACCUAAACCUAAACCUUCUCUGAUGUUACUAGCCUAUGCUCAACCCGAAGCCAAUCCUAUAUAGCUAGUUUAAUGCAAACGCAUAAUCGAGCAAGCAACAUGGACAAAUUUGUAACGAGAUCACCAAAGAAGGCACCUGGACAAUCGACCAUGAAGCAUGGAGAAAAGGUCUAUAAACAGGCCACCAUCGAAUCUCUCCGGAGAGUGGUCGUCAUUGAGGACAUCGAACGGUUCAAAGCCAUGCUGGAGUUGCCUGGCCAAACGCAAGAAAACAUGAUACUGGCUUUGAUGGAACUUAAUAAAAAGAUGCCGUCUAAAGAAGUCCUUAGGAAUACAAAAAUAGGACAUGUUGUGAACAAGACGCGAAAGAAUGCAGAUCCAGAGAUCAGCUCAUUGGCUAAAGAGGUCUACAAAAAGUGGAGAACUUUCAUUGAGGAGAACGAAAACAAACCUUCCAUAGAGGUGCGCUGUGACGCCAAAACGGAGGGACUGCGGGACAACGCAAGGCGGCUGCUCGGUGAAGCCAUGGGGGUAGAGAAAGAACAUGGCCUCAUUGAAAACAUCGAGAGGGAAGUGUUUCAUCAAAGUUCUCGUCUUGUAAAUGGAGGAUACCGACGGACAGUGAGGACAUUGGUCUUUGCUCUGAAACAUAAGCCUGAUAUAAGAGCACAUGUGAAGGAUGGGAAGAUCUCCGUGAACACUUUUGUAAAGGACCACAAGAGAUGACCGUAUGUUUGAGGACAUUUUUAUCUACUGCUGCUUAUUUAAAUGUGAUUUUAAAUGGUGUUUCAAUUGACAAAAUGCUUUUUUUUAACUGUCAUUAAAAUGUUCCAUGUGUAAUUUUUUACCAUCAAAAAUACAUAGUUUGAAUGAAA